CUGCUCCACCUUAGCCCCGUUCUCAGUUGUUCCUCAAUCCCCUUCUUAUAGUCCUAAUUUGAGGCCCUCACUUGGUGGACAAGGAAAAAAAAACAUUGUCUUUAUUUCUUACAACCCAGUGAAAGCAAAGAUGAGCAGCACUCAGGCUGAGCAGUCCAUGAUGGACCUCAUUGACUUGUUUCACAAAUACACCGGCAGUGAUGACAUGAUCGACGAGCCUGGCCUGCAGAAGAUGAUGAAGGAGAAUUUCCCCAACUUCCUCAGUGCCUGUGAAAAGAAGGGCGUAGAUUACCUGUCUGAUGUCUUUGAGAAAAAACACAAGAAUAAGGAUGGGCUCAUGGAUUUUUCUGAGUUUCUCUCCUUGAUGGGGGGCAUAGCCAAUGACUACCACAAACAGAGCCACGGAGCAGAGCCCUGUUCCGGGGGAGGCCAGUGAUGCAGCCCA